AUGGAUCUGCCUGUGGAUGAGUGGAAAUCAUAUAUAUUUCAGAAGUGGUCUUUGCUCCCAAAGUCCAUUCAGGACACAAUUUCUACGGCAGACACUUUAAGGGAGAUCUUUCUUCACUCCUCUUCGCUUCUUCAACCUGAGGAUGAGAUGUUUUUAAAAAGUCUCUCUAGAGGUUACCUGGUGGGAAAGGACCCCAACGCUCCCCCUUUCUACAGAGAAGAAGGAAACAAAAAAUUUCAGAAGAAGGAUUAUAUGGGAGCCACAGUGCUGUACUCUAAGGGAAUAUCGCAUGCAAGACCUCACAGUGCAGACAUUUCACUGUGUUAUGCCAAUCGCUCUGCAGCCCUUUUCUACCUGGAUGAGUAUGAAAUGUGUCUUAAAGACAUCACGAGAGCACAGAUGCAUGGGUAUCCAGAAAGUUUGCAACCCAAGGUGACGUUGCGUAAGGUCGAAUGUCUGGUGACCCUAGGAAGACUACAGGAGGCAGGCCAGACCAUCAGGGAUCUUGAAAGUAACUUUGCUGCCAAACCAAGCCUAGCAGCUGCCCAGUUUCAAAUUCUGCAGAGAAACCUCUGUCGUCUGAAAAUGAAGGUACAAGAAAGGGAGAAUCUCACAGCAUCCUUCCCAGCAACUCUAACGAAAGCCUUUGAGGAUAUGGACCUAAAGGAAGAGAAUGAACAGAUUCCCGGUGCAUCAUCAUCUGUCAGCCUAUGCAUGGACCCUUUAAAAGGCCGCUAUCUGAUUGCCACAAAAGAUAUUCUCCCGGGAGAGCUCUUGGUGAAGGAGGAUGCUUUUGUGAGUGUCCUUAACCUGGGAGAAAGGCCACCACCACAUCAUGGCUUAGAGAGCAAGUGGGAUACCCGAGUUACUAAUGGGGACCUCUACUGUCACCGAUGUUUGAGGCACACUUUGGCCACUGUUCCCUGUGAUGGAUGCAGCUACGCCAAGUACUGCAGCCAUGAGUGUAUGCAGCAGGCCUGGGAUCUCUACCAUAAUAGAGAGUGUCCUCUAGGGGGCCUGCUGCUCACCCUGGGUAUCUUUUGCCACAUCGCCCUGAGGUCGACUCUUUUAGCUAGAUUUGAGGAUGCCAGCAAAGUCAUAAGAAAGCUCUGUGUUGAGAUGACUAACAAGGACAUGUGUUCACCUGAAAGUGAGAAUCUGGUACAAACACCCAGUUCUGACCUGGGAGGGGAGAGUGAGAAAAAUGGCAAAACAGUUAAGACCCCAGUUCCAGGAUGUGAUCUUAAUGGCAAAUACGAAAAUAACUAUAAUGCUGUCUUCCACCUCAUGCCCCAUACUGAAAACCAUAGCCCAGAGUACAAAUUCCUCUGUGCUCUCAGUGUGUCUGCGCUCUGCAGGCAGCUCGAGGCAGCCGAUUCCUCAAAGCCGGCCACAGCACCUCCUGCCUGGUGUUCCGAGUUGAGUACCUGGGGAGUGGCCAUGUUGAAGCACAUGCUCCAGCUGCAGUGCAAUGCUCAGGCAGUAACGACCAUUCAGCAACCAGGAUCUAAAGAGAACAGCGUUAGCAACAGCAGACAGGUCCGCCUUGCCACAGGCGUCUUCCCUGUUGUCAGCCUCCUGAACCAUUCCUGCAGCCCCAACACCAGCAUGUCCUUCAUUAGCACAGUCGCCACCAUCCGGGCAUCAGAGAAGAUUGGAAAAGGGCAAGAGAUCCUCCACUGCUAUGGGCCUCACCGCAGCAGGAUGGCUGUUGCCGAGAGGCAGCAGAAGCUCAGGGCUCAGUACUUCUUUGACUGCGGCUGCCCGGCCUGUCAGAAGGAGAAGCACCAGGCUGCGGUCGGGCCCCGGUGGGAGGCAUUCUGUUGUGACCGGUGCGGAGCGCCCCUGCAGGGAGGUGACAUUCUGAGCUGUGGCAGCACAUCCUGUACGGAACCAGUCAGCAGGGAUCGCCUCAUCCCCCGGUUACAGGACCUUCAGCUGCAGGUUGGGCAGGCCCGGAAGCUUUUCGGAAGUGGUCAGCUAGAGCGAGCCAUUCAGCUGUUGUUGGGGUGCCGGCACGAUGCUGAGAGCUUCCUGUCAGCAGAACACAGCAUGGUAGGAGAAAUGGAGGAUGCCCUGGCCCAGGCCUACGCUGCCUUAGGGGACUGGCAAAAGUCAGCUACCCAUCUCCAGAAGAGUCUACGAGUGGUUGAGGUUCAGCAUGGGCCAUCCAGUGUUGAAAUGGGCCAUGAGCUCUUCAAACUGGCCCAACUCUUUUUCAACGGGUUUGCAAUCCCAGAAGCACUGAACACAAUACAGAGGGCAGAAAAGGUUCUGAUGGUGCACUAUGGCCCUUGCAAUGACGAGAUCCAGGAGCUACAGAAGAUGAAAUCUUGUUUAUUGGACUUGCCACCCAUCUCAUUGGGGCCUUCAGUGUAGGAACCCAAGGUUUUCUUCAGAUAGUUAACUACCCUCCCGUAAAAACUCCCAGUUCCCAGAAAAGACUUGAAACUGGUGUCU